GGAGCGCUGGUCUUACUGUAAAAACAACUUGCACAGGUAUAAAGCAAUAAAAUCGCACAUGCAAUAAACCUAAUAAAGAAAAGACAGACAUGACGGAUCCAUCUACUGAGACCCCAGAUGCAGUAAUGGAGUCCCCGGCCCCCGUGCCAAUUGCUUCCCAAUCUCUGGAUUCGGUAACCGUGGAGGAAAUCGAGGACGACAAGCCGGUAAAAGGAAAAAAGAAAACCAAAAACCCAAAGGGUCGCCACUCGGAAUCCGAUCUGCAAUCCGAAUUAAAAAAGUUGACACAGCGACGGAUCAACGUAGCAGGAGCUCCGAAGAUGCCACUCAAUGGCUAUGUCCGUUUCAUGAACGAUCGGCGAGAGGAACUUCGCAGAGAGCAGCCACAACGAACGGCACUGGAACACACAAGGAUCAUUGGUGAAGAGUGGCACCAGCUGCCCGAGGAAAGGAAGCUGCCCUACAUGGAGGCCGCCGCCAAGGACAAAGCCAUCUAUCAAGAGCAGCUGCAAAUGUUUCUCAAGGAACACCCUGAAAUUGUGGCAAAAGAGUUGGCCAAAGCGAAGAAGGCGACCAAGUUGGACAAUUCGCCGAAGGAGAAAACACCGAAGGCUGAAGCGAAGAAGACCAAAGCAAAACAGGUGAAACGGCAGAGCGAGGACCCCGAUGAUGUUCCACUGGCUAAAGUGAAGCGUGCCCAGACGCCUCCACCUCCAACUCCACCGGCUCCCGUUCAGCCCGCUGCCAAUAAUGUGACGCCUGCUCCACGGCCUCUACAGCCCGGCGAGAUACCCAUCUACACCAACGAGUUUAUCGAGCACAAUCGCAGCACCGAGAACGAGCUUAGGACCCUGCGCAAAGCUAAAACUGAUCUGGAGCAACAGAACGCUGUGCUGGAACAGCACGUUGACAAUACAAAGGCCGGCUAUGCCAAGGUGAUGGGCGAGGUGACCGAACUAAUGGAGGAGAACCGGCGCUUGGAGGCAUACGUUCGGGGCUUGCGCCAAAAAUUGGUCACAGCGCUUGGGGGAAUCUCACUGCCAAAUCUGGAGCCAAGUGGUCCCAGUGUGGGCAACAUUGACAAGUACAUAAGACAUCUAGCCGGGCUCGUUGGUCAGCCAAACAACGUCACUCUAAUCAAGGCACGAGAAGCUCUGCGAAAGGUGGACACCACCAGCCUGCUAAAACCCUAAAAGCGUUCAUUCCAUUUAAGUAUUUGUAGAAAACCCAGAAUUACGAGCCCUUUUAUCCGUUCAUGUAUUUAAUAUUUAUGUAUUUUAAAUAAUAUAUCCAAGAAAUCUAGUA